AGAUUAUUUUGCAAAUGUUCGUUUGAAACUGAAACGUCGCUGUACAAAGAAAUUCAAUUGGACUCUCUUGCCCUCUUGGAGGUCUUACGUGAUUUGUGUAUUGCAAUGAGCACUUUAAGUUUUAAAACAGUAGUUUUAAAUGCAUGCAAAAGGAUGAACAUCUCGCUGUUGCAGUGGAGUCAGCAACGCUGUAAUUUAUUGAAUAUUGAACUUGGGCCAGGGGCGGGAAGUUUGUAAUGCAAAUGUACAAGAUUACUUGUGUACAGCAGAAGCCCUUUGGCCUACUUGAAAUUUUUCCCAAGUCUAAGCCCAGCGGGGAUGCGAUAUCACUUGCAAUAUAAGCAAUUAAGCCGGGAAAUAACGGAAUAGUUCUCGAGAUAAUUGGGAUUCCAAACUCUUCGUAAUUUCGACCAAAUUUCCAUACUAGCGGCGUGUUUUUCCUCUGAACGUCAGACGGUGCCGAUUAUAGGAGCUUUCGGAUGGCAAAAUUACUGGCGAUUGUUUACAUACCCAAGAGGCGGUGCGUCGAGCGGCGGAACUGAUUGCCUGCGGAAAGCGAUCGAUUACAAAUUCCUUGAGGAGGGUCAUCAUUAAGACAAACAAUCUGGAUGGUUUACAAACAAACAAUACGCAUAAAUCGCUUUUGAAAUGCCCGGCUCAGUUUUCAUCCAUUAUGAUUGGAGUUGUUUAAAAGCGCUUGAUCAUCGUGUUGUUCAGAUAUUUACUGCAAAUUUGUAUAUGGCGGAUAUCUUACUUUUUAGCGUUCAGCACACCCAACUGUGAUCACGCGGUGCUGAUCAAAGAGACAUCGUUAUCCCGUCACAUCAGCUAUCUAUUAACUGUCAAUUCGCUUCUGUCAACACUUCAAAGGCCUUACAAAUCAAUCAUUUGCAUCGCAGGCUCAAUUCAUUUUGAAUCGAGGUACAGUACAGAGCUUGGCCUCAACUCUACAACGAUGAAAUACCUCUUAGUGGCUUUCAUUAUUUUGACGAAUUUAUCAGUAAGAGCUGUGAGCCACUGGUGGCUUCUGAGCUCCCAGGUAUUCUCCGUUGGCUCAAAAAUUGGCUGUAACAAUAUAGCUGGCCUCGUCAAAAGCCAGAGGGCAAUCUGUUCCCGCUAUCCAAAGCUUAUGCUUAAAGUUGGUGUUGGCGCAUCGAACGCACUCAAGGAGUGUCAGAGACAGUUUGCGUAUAGACGGUGGAAUUGUUCAGUAUCCGAUGGAACAUCGCCUAUUCUUGGCAAGCUCAUGAGCAAAGCAAACCGAGAGUCGGCCUUCUUCCAUGCCGUUUCAUCUGCUGGUGUUGUACACGAAGUAACCAGAUCAUGUAGCAGAGGUGAACUUAGUGAUGAAUGUAGAUGUGACAGGUCCAUGCGCGGGUUCUACGGCGAUGGCUUCAUUUGGGACACCUGCAAUGACAAUAUUGAAUUUGGAAUGCGAUUUUCAAGUGCUUUUUUGGAUGCAAGAGAGGUCGUCAAUGAUGCUCGUGCCUUACUAAAUAAACACAACAACGAGGCUGGCCGUCAAGCUGUGCAAAAGAACAUGGAGAUGCCCUGUAAGUGCCACGGAAUGUCAGGCUCCUGCACAACCAAAUACUGCCGUCGAUCUUUGCCUCCUCUAGAAAAAGUUGGUGAAUACUUGCAUAAAAAGUACCGAAGUGCAGUGCUUGUAACCCUGGACCAGUCCAGUAACAAACUCGUUAAUCUUGACAAGAUAGUUAGUAAGUUUGGAAAGAAUGACCUUGUAUAUUUAGAGCAGUCACCAAAUUAUUGCCGCAGAGAUUUGUCUCAAGGAAUCGUUGGGACAGCCGGGAGAGAGUGCAAUAAAUCGUCAUUGUCUGAGAACAGUUGUGAUAUUCUUUGCUGUGGGCAUGGUUACAAAAGUAAAAUGGUCACAGAAAGAGUGAACUGUAAUUGCAAAUUUAUUUGGUGUUGCAAAGUAGCUUGUGAAAAGUGCAUUCGCGUGGUGGAGAAAAACUACUGCAAAUCUCCAGAGGAGAAUGAAAAUAUUCUGUCACAAAAAAACUCAAGGGAAGGGAAGAAAUGGAAGCGUAGGAACAGGAAAAACAAACGAAGACAAAGAAAAGAUCGAAAGAAGAGAAGGAAACCAAGAACUCAUAAGAAUAAAAGUUAGAAGAAGUCCUCGUUCGGAGUCUUAAGUUCACUUGUUACAGUGAGAGAUGCCGAAAAGUGCAAUCCAAAACAUAAAUGGCUAGAAAUGGUAUUCUCUGCGCCAGUCUUUCUAUUGCUGUGAUAAAAUCCGGCCAUGAGGUGGACCAGAAAUAGUAGCUGUUGAUCAACAAGGACACAUUGCAUUAUUUUCCAGGCGUAAUUUAACUCCUUUGUUGUUGUCGAUGUCAAAACGGCCUUGUUGGUCUUACAUUUUUCUAUGGCUUGGCUUGAUAAUGUAAUUUUUCUCAGCUAUUUUAUGUCUUGUUAGAAGUUGUGAAUGUAACUUGAAGCAGAAUCUGUCAAAUGGUAAACAUACUUAUUAGUUAAGACAGACUGCAAUUUUUGCUAGUAGAAUUUUCAAGCAAAUUCCACGGAGCUGGACGCAGUAUUGAUCUAUAAAGGUCUCCGUAGCUAACGUGACCUUGUACCAAUCAAAAUUUGAGCGAAAAUAGGGCUUGAUAUAUUUGAAUUAUAAAUGAGCCAUAAUUUUAAACUCCAUGUAUUAAAGGCUAAUAAGACUAUCACAGCGAACACUGGAGAAGUUACUUGGCUUAGCGAUCCAUUAACAAAUUUUGAAUUUCUCCAGUCGUUGUUGGAAAACACUGAUAACCAUAGUUGAAUCCAGUUAAAUCGUGCCCCGGAUAACUCGGAAACUCACGAAGACGGACUAGUUUUCAAUUCCAAUUGGAUUUUUCUACUGUAUUCAAGUCAAAGCUGUACACUGAAUAAGUCAGUCAUUCAUAUGUUAGACCACCUCCUUACCCCCAAUUGAAGGUCAGAAUAAACGUCACUCAACUGUAUAUGGCAAUAGUAUUUGGUUCUUGCUCGAUAUUCACCAUUAGUCACAAUUAAAAGUGUACUUUUACAAUUCGAGUCAAAGCACUGAUUGCUUGAGAACAACAGUCGAAGCCUUACCCUUAGAACCACGCAGCUAGAUCAGUAUAUCUAACAGUAUCCCUUGAUCCCACCUCGUAUCAUCUGCCUUUUUUCUGGUUGCCUCUUUUUUCUAAAUGCAAGGCUCAUAGCUACUUAGUCCUUAUUUAUCACUUUCCUAUGCUGAGGGCUACUUUGGAAAAGCAGUCAAACUGCUUCAAAUUUUUAUUGAUUAGCUAUCUGUAUGUUGCUAGUCAUUGUUCGUUUGUAAACAGUGAGAUUUUAAUGAUAUAUGUAAAUAGAUGACUGUGAAUAUUUAAUGUUUUAUAUGAUUAUUUACUUGAAAAGAUCUUGCAGUAUUUGAGU